AUGAAAGCUACUCUAUACUUCAUUUUUUGUGUGGCCACAGCGGUUGCAACAGACAUCACAGUAUACACUACCGGUGGUCGGAUUCGUGGCGCCGUUGAACGGACACGGGGCAUACCCGUCGCCCGCUUCCUCGGCAUUCCGUACGCAAAACCUCCCGUCGGUUCACUUCGAUACCGUCGGCCGGAACCAGCCUCACCAUGGCAAGGAGUUCUAGAAACUAAAGAGUUUCGUGCUGCAUGCGCUCAAGCCAACGGAUCCUUUCCGCCGGACACUCCCUGGCUUGUAGACAAGAGAAUCGUGAGUGAAGAUUGCUUGUUUCUCAACAUCUGGGUCCCACAGAAGUGCACCAAAAGAAAGGCAAUUUUGAUAUGGAUCCACGGCGGUGGCUUCCGUACUGGUACGCCAUCGACGGAGCUGUACGACGGAAAGUUGUUGGCAGCUAUCGGAGACAUUAUGGUAGUAAGCGUGGCGUAUCGUCUUGGCAGUUUGGGUUUUCUCUACACCGGAGAGGACAGUUCGCCCGGAAAUUACGGUCUGUUGGAUCAGGAGCUAGCUAUUCGUUGGAUAUGGGACAAUGCAGAAGUUUUUGGAGGCGACAGGGCUUCAAUAACUCUCUAUGGCGAAAGCACAGGCGCAAGCAGCACAGGUCUUCAUCUCCUGGCGGCUCAAAAUGCAGGAAUCGUGCGUCGUGCCAUACUGGCGAGCUCGAGCCCUUACGGGCUACAACCGCAGAACGUAAUUGGUCGUGAGUUGGCGACAAGGCUGGCGGAAGCCGUUGGAUGCGAGGUGAAUGGGGACGAGUGGAUCAAGGUCGUGUCUUGCCUACGGUCAGUUCCAAUUGAAGCCAUACUACAAGCAGAAGACACACAAUACCCUGACAUGCUCCUCACUUUCACGCCGUCGUUCGGCCACGGCUACGUACCACGGUCAUUUCAGGAAACACUUCGAGACCCGCAUCUCAUCCCUAUUGAUGCCUUAUUGAUCGGCGUAAAUGCACAGGAAGCAAGCCUGUUCCUUUACUUGAAAGAUACGAAGCGUUUCAACCUGAACAAUGAGCCCGAAGGGCUGACCUACUCUGAGGCGCUAGCGUUUAUGACUCGUCACUUCUAUCCUGGCUUGCCAGAAGCCUUGCAAAAUGCCACUACCAGCGAUUUUGAGGCAAACGUCCAGCAGGGAGAAGGAAUAAUUCAGUCGCUGAUAAACGCUUUAAGCGACCUCCUAAUUACGUGUCCAACAGUAUUUUUUGCUGAAGCAUAUGCAAGUCUAAACUACCCGGUCUACUUCUAUGUGUUCGACCAUCGGUCAGUGAAAAGUCGCUUUCCUCCGUGGAUGGGCGCAACGCACUUUACCGAGCUCCAGUACACCUUCGGUAUGCCGUUUCGGUUUCCAGAGCGCUACACAGACCUGGAUCGGGAGCAGAGCAUGCUAAUGAUGAAACUUUUCACAGACUUCAUCAACACGGGGUAA